AUGGCGUCUCCGGCUAUCAAGAAAGCAAUCUCAGACGCGGCCCUUCAGUACACAAAGCCUGAGGGAAAGGUCUUCCAGUAUGGCACGGCAGGGUUUCGCAUGAAAGCUGAUCUCCUCAACACCGUUGUUUUUGCUGUAGGCUUGCUUGCGGGUCUGCGAUCGAAGAAGCUCAGCGGACAAUGGAUUGGUGUUAUGGUUACUGCAAGCCACAACCCCGCGGAGGACAAUGGCGUCAAGCUGAUUGACCCGAUGGGUGAGAUGCUCGAAGCCGAGUGGGAGGCGUAUGCGACAAAGCUCGCAAAUGCUCCCUUGGACAAGAUCGCCGAUGUCCACGAUGAACUGGUGAAGGAAAUCGAUGUCAAGAUGACCAACCCAGCCCGUGUGGUCUUCGCUCGCGACACCCGUGCUUCCGGAUCUCGUCUCGUCGGCGUCCUGAGUGCUGCCCUCACGGCAACCGAGGUCGAGUUUAUUGACUGGAAGUUCAUGACCACCCCUCAGCUGCACUACGUCGUGCGCUGCAAGAACACCCUCGGAACACAGUACGAAUAUGGCGAACCAACCGAGCAAGGGUAUUAUGAGAAGCUCGCAUCAUCCUUCAAGAAGGUCAUGCGGGGUGUCAAGGUGCAGGGCUCCUUAACUGUUGACUGCGCCAACGGUGUUGGCGGGCCCAAGCUGAGGGAUCUCCUGAAGUUCCUGGAUUCGGGACUCGACAUCAAGGUGGUCAACGACGACGUGAUCAACCCUGACAGCUUAAACUUCGAGUGUGGUGCCGACUACGUCAAGACCAAACAGCGCGCUCCGCCCUCUUCCAAGGCGGCUGUGCUUGACCGAUGCGCCUCCCUGGACGGCGAUGCCGACCGCCUGGUCUACUAUUUCCUCGAUGAGAGCAACGUCUUCCGACUCCUGGAUGGCGACCGCAUCGCCACUCUUGCGGCUUCUUUCAUCGGUGAUCUGGCUCGGAGCGCGGGCAUUGCCCAGAAACUCAAGAUUGGUGUCGUCCAGACGGCCUACGCCAACGGUGCCAGCACGGACUACAUCGAGAAGGUGCUGAAGCUCCCCAUCAUCUGCACCAACACCGGCGUAAAGCAUCUCCACCACGCAGCCUUGCGGUUCGACGUCGGCGUCUACUUUGAGGCCAACGGCCACGGCACGGUCACUUUCUCGGAAACCGCCCUCAAGGUUAUCAAGAGCACGGAGCCCCAGUCGCCGGCGCAGCAGCGCUCCCUGGAAUGCCUCCAGGCUCUGACUGACCUCAUCAACCAGGCCGUCGGCGAUGCCCUCUCUGAUAUGCUUGUUGUCGAGGCCAUUCUGGCCCACAAAGGCUGGACCCCCAGGGAGUGGCUGGGCACUUACACUGAUCUUCCCUCCCGUCUGGUCCGUGUCGAGGUCAACGACCGCUCCAUCUUCAAGGCUUACGAUGCGGAGCGCAAGCUGGAGUCCCCGGCUGGCCUUCAAGAGAAGAUCGAGUCCCUGCAGUCCCGGUAUAAUAAGGGCCGCAGUUUUGCUCGUGCCAGUGGUACCGAGGAUGCAGUGCGUGUCUACGCUGAGGCUGCGAACCGAUCUGAGGCGGAUGAUCUCGCCACUCGGGUCGCCAAUGCUGUUCGCGAGGCAGGCACUGCCUAA